ACGGAAAUAACUCAUUAACCGAGAACCUCUGACUUUGUGAGCAGUGAUCGGGAUAAAAAGGCUGCAGUGGAGGCGAGGGUUCCCAGUGCUGUGUGGGAUGUUAACGGACUGGUGGCGCGUUGAGGCUGAAGGAGCAUGGUGAAACACCAACCCUUACAGGUCUAUGAGAAGCAGGUCUUUGUGUCCUUUGUCACUGGGAUCUAUGGUUGCCGCUGGAAACGCUAUCAGCGUUCCCAAGACGACAGCUCUGGGUGGGAGUGCGCAUGGUUCAUCAUACUGUGCAGUUCCUUCCUUCUGCUUCUCUUCUGGGCCUACUUCUGGUUGGUGGCUCAAAAUGAUUUCAACGACUUCAACUGGCUGGUGUACAACCGCUCUGGAGAAUGGAGGGACGAGACCAUCCCCAUCGUCACGUGCACCACCGUGGGCUUCAGCUACAUCACGUUCCUGAUGAUUUUAGCCCUUUUCCAUGUAUCGCUGGGCCAGCAGCUGAAUCUGUACUGGGUCCAUAAGAUCGGAGUGCUGGCCACGCUGCUCACCACCAUCUCUGGUGUCGUCUCUGUUGAUGACGUUUGGGGAGACGAGUGGGACAUCCUGCUGGUUUCGCUGCAGUCCACAGCACCUUUCCUGCACAUUGGCGCUCUGGUGACAGUCACAGCCAUCAGCUGGUUGAUCGCUGGAUAUGUUGUCCGCAGAGAGAGAUCCAAUAUCCAGGUGAUGGUGUUGCUGAUCUACGUUAUAAUCCUGCUGGCUGUCUGUCUGGCUCCGCUCACGUUCACCUGCCCCUGCAUCAUGGAUCGUAACAGCCUCAAACAGCGACCGGAGAUCAUUGGCCGACGGGGAGCUCCUAUGCUGGCUCCAGAGAACACCAUGGUGUCCUUUAACCGAGCCCUGCAGCACGGCGCCAGCUCCCUGGAGGCCGACGUCACCAUCAGUGUGGACGGGGUUCCCUUCCUCAUGCGAGACCACACGUUGAGGCGCACCACAGAUGUCAGCAAGGUCUUCCCAUCCCGACAGUAUGAAGACGCCUCCUUCUUUAACUGGACGGAGAUGCGCUCUCUGAACGCGGGCCAGUGGUUUCUGGAGACUGACCCCUACUGGACAGUGAGGACCCUGACAGCGAAGGACCGCACGAGAAUAGGCAACCAGACGGUUUGCAGUCUGGUGGAGAUGCUCCGCCUGGCAGCCAGGGCCAACAGCUCGGCGCUGCUCAACAUCCGCAAGCCUCCACCGGAGCACCCACGCUUCCGAAGCUGGUUCAUGGACACGCUGUGGGCCGUGCAGAAAGCAGGCAUUUCCCAGAAGAGGGUGACGUGGACCCCCGACACGGACAGGGGGAGGGUACGAGGGCUGAAGCAGACCGCCAGUGAGAAGCUGUCCGUGGAAGAGAUGAGGCAGCGAGGAAUCACAAGCCUGACCCUCCACUACAGCAAGGCCAGCCACAGAGACAUACAGGAGUAUCUGGCCAAUAAUGUGAGUGUGACCGUCUACCCGGUGAAUGAGCCCUGGCUCUACUCCGUCCUGUGGUGUAGCGGGGUGCCUUCUGUGUCCUCUGAUGCCCCCCAAGUCCUCCGAAAGGUGCCUUACCCCAUCUGGCUCAUGAGCCAGAACGCUUACAACUUCAUCUGGAUCGCGUCAGAUCUGGUCUCCCUCGCCAUAGUCAUAGGGAUCUUCUGCUUCCAGAAAUGGAAGUUAAGUGGGAUGCAGAACUAUAACCCGGAACAGAUCAUGCUGAGCGCUGUGACGCGGCGGUCCAGUCGGGAAGUCAACAUAAUGAAGGAGAAGCUCAUAUUCUCAGAGCUGAACAAUGGGCUCAGCAGCACAGAGGAGCUCUCUCUGUAUCCAGAGAACGGUUACGCGAGAUACUCUCACGGAGGCCUCAGUCGCUGAACACAUCACACAGCUGGAAGAUCCCGGAUGCUGGUUUGACCUCAGAGCUCGGACCCAGACUGGACGUUAUUUCCUCGUCAGAGAAACCAGGAGCAGGAUUCUGAUCCGUUAGUCAGCUGACUGAGUGCGUAGACGUCUGACGGUGAACGUUUCUACUGUAUGGCCUGUUGCUGUUUUAAUGAAAUGUUCAAACAUA